AGCUUUCGAAAUGUAUUGACGUGUCGCAGCUAAAAGUAUCUUUUUCCCUCAACGCUGGAAAAUUUUCCCUACAUUUUCUACUUUUCUGGCCUUUCAGUUGUUCUUAAAUAGCAUAGAAAGAUAAAUAACUGCAGCUCGACAUGUUUGUGUGGCGUAGUUUAUUGUUAUACGUGUUGAUUGCGGUGGAGCUUUCCAGUGCUCUGUAUUUUCAUAUAGGUGAAACCGAACGCAAGUGCUUCAUCGAAGAAAUUCCCGAUGAGACUACUGUUAUAGUUAACUAUAAAGUCGAACUAUACGAUCCACGAAGCGGGGGAUUCAUGCCAUCUUCUCCUGGCAUCGGAAUGCAUGUCGAAGUCAAAGAUCCGGAUGACAAGACCAUCCUUUCCCGUGUGUACAGUUCAGAAGGCCGAAUCUCCUUCACUUCGCACACACCCGGGGAGCAUGUCAUCUGUAUGUACUCCAACAGCACAGCCUGGUUCAGCGGAUCUCAAUUGCGAGUACAUUUGGACAUUCAGGUCGGCGAACAUGCUAUAGAUUAUGCCAAUGUAGCACAGAAAGAAAAAUUAACUGAGCUGCAGCUGCGUAUCCGACAGCUGUUGGAUCAGGUCGACCAAAUUACCAAGGAACAGAACUAUCAGAGAUACCGGGAGGAGCGAUUCCGUCAAACAAGUGACAGUACAAACCAGCGUGUUCUAUGGUGGUCGCUUGCGCAAACCCUUGUCCUGGUAACCAUGGGUCUGUGGCAGAUGAAACAUCUGAAGAGUUUCUUCGAGGCAAAAAAAUUAGUAUGAA